AUACAAGCCCUUCACUACCGAAACAAACAUGGCCGCGGUGUUAGCUCCACCUACCUGCCCACCCCCUGUCACUUGUGAACUCUGUAUCUUUCUAGUGCUGCUUUCAGUGCGGUUCUGCGACUGAAUUACCUGAUUCUUGUGUCCAGGUAACAGAACACACUUCAUCGCAAUGAACACAGUCAAAGGCAGCGUAGCCCGGGACCAAACUAUUCAGGAUGAGCUGCUUUCAGAUUUACCUCACGGGCCUCUCUCGGAGUAUAGAAGAAAAGCCUCUUUUAAUUGGAAGGAAAUGGUCUCUUUUUUGGAUGAUGAAGAACUUAUCCUAUUUAAGAAGAAAAUCUUCUCUGCUCUAGAGAAUGAUCCACUGUUCCAUCGACAUCCGGGACAGGACUUGUCCAUGGAGAAAUACAGAGAACUGACAUUCCGACGGUGCAAGAGAAUCUUUGAAUAUAACUUCCUGACUCUGCAACAGACGUUUGAGAAGCCGCAGAAAGUUUUAGCUCUUAUAAAUUGCUUGGGCAUGUACGAUUGGUCUCUUGGAGCUAAAUAUUUUCUGAAUACUCAGGUGUUCGCUGGUGCUGUUGGAAGUGCAGGAUCUGAAAGGCACAACCAGUUUUUAACACAAGUACAAGCGAUGGAGAUUUUCGGGUGUUUUGCACUGACUGAACUCAGUCAUGGCAGUAACACAAAAGCUGCAAGAACAACGGCAACAUUUGAUGCAUCUACCAAGGAAUUUAUUAUAAACUCACCAGAUUUUGAAGCUGCCAAGUUUUGGGUGGGCAAUAUGGGAAAGACCGCUACCCAUGCAGUUGUUUAUGCCCAGCUCUAUACCUCCGAUGGAAAAUGCCAUGGGUUACAUUCCUUUGUUGUGCAGAUACGGGACCCUCAUACUCUUCUUCCUAUGCCUGGAGUGAUGGUCGGGGACAUUGGCAAGAAGCUUGGCCAAAAUGGUUUAGACAAUGGAUUUGCCAUGUUUCACAACGUUCCAAUUCCUCAAGAAAAUCUUUUGAACCGCACUGGUGACAUCACAUCUAGUGGAACCUACACAAGUGCUUAUAAGGAUCCUAAGCAGCGUCUUGGCGCCUCUCUUGGUACAUUAUCCAGCGGAAGGGUUUCAAUUAUGAGCAUGGCAGUAGUGAACCUGAAACUUGCCAUUUCCAUAGCAAUACGUUUCUCUGCGACUCGUCGGCAGUUUGGCCCUUCAGAAAACGAAGAGAUACCAGUUCUGGAAUAUCAGCUGCAGCAAUGGCGCCUUAUGCCUUAUCUGGCUGCUACAUAUGCCCUUGACUACUUCUCAAAGACCUUCUUCAUGAAUUUGGUAGAACUUCAGAUUGGAAUCCUGAUGAAGGAUAAGAGUCAAAGACAGGCUGAACUUGGCAAGGAGAUUCAUGCUUUGUCUUGUGCCGGGAAACCUCUGGCCUCUUGGACUGCACAGCACGGAGCACAAGAAUGUCGGGAAGCCUGUGGAGGUCAUGGCUAUUUAGCUAUGAACCGUCUAGGAGACAUCCGCAGUGACAAUGACCCAAACUGCACGUACGAAGGCGACAACAACGUGCUGCUUCAACAAACUAGCAACUACUUACUUAGCUUGGUGCAUUCAGUCCACGAAGACAAGACUCGUAUUGAGUCCCCUCUUGGAUCUGUUAACUUUCUUAAUGACUUUAAAGCUAUUUUGGGACACAAGUUUACGGCAAGCGCUGUUGAAGAAUGCCUGGAUUCUAAAGUUUCCCUGGCAGCCUAUAAGUGGUUGGUCUGUUAUCUCCUACGUGAGAGUCACCUGAAAUUACAGCACGAGAAGCAAAGUAGAAGUAAUGAUUUUGAUGCAAGGAACAACAGUCAGGUCUAUUAUUGUCGCUCCUUAGCCUUGGCCUUCAUUGAGCAUGCUGUACUAGAGAGAUUCUAUGAAUAUACCCAUGAUUUCAACACACCCACCACUUUACAACCAGUCCUGAAGAAGCUGUGUGCGUUGUAUGGUCUAUGGUCACUUACUAAACAUUUGGCAGUCCUCUACCAAGGUGGAUACUGCUUAGGGCAACUGCCUGGAAGGAUCCUGCAGGACGCUAUCCUGGAACUCUGUGCAAAGCUUAAAGACGAUGCCGUUGCUUUAGUGGAUGUUAUUGCUCCUCCAGACUUCAUUUUAAACUCACCUAUUGCCAAAGCUGACGGAGAGCUGUAUAAAAAUCUGUGGUCUGCGGUGCUACAAGGAGAGAAGGUGCUGGAGAGGGCUUCUUGGUGGGAGGAGUUCUGCAACAACAAACCAGUUAUUGGCCAGCUGAAGUCACAGCUGUAACCACGUAUGUGAAUCUCUCUCUAUUGAACUGUGACCUUUUCUUCAAAACAUCAAAUGCACCAAAUGCACAUUGACGUUUUUCAAUGUAUAAUGAUGUUUCAUUGUGUUGCCUUUAAAAGAAAUAAUUAAAAAAAAUCUGUAGUACAGGUAUAGGAUCUGUUAUCUGGAAACCCAUUAUCCAGAAAGCUCUGAAUUACGG